AUGAAGCCAUUUUCAUUAAUCACAAUUUACUUGUCUUUCGCCCUAACGCUCUUCUCAAUUCCAUCGAUAUUAUCACAAUGCAUAGAUCAACCAUUCCCCACUCAACCAAAUAAAAAAUUAUCAGUAAAGUGUUUAACAGUAAAGCAGCCAAAGAAAAAAUUAAAAUUCCAAGUAUCAAAUGAUACGGACAUGAUUGAAAUUCGAUUUGAUUGUAAACUUAAAAAUGAAACGUUAUGUGUAAAAGCAAAAUCCUCUUUUGAGGAAGUUGGUCGUUUAAUAACAUCAGCUUUAACAUUAAAUACACAGAUUAUAGUCAAUGCAACGUUUGGUGAAAUGUUUGAUCCUUCAAUAUUAGGGUCCGCUAGACCUUUCAGAUCAAUGCCAAUUAAAGAUGAUGAUGGGAUUGAAAGAUUAUAUCCACAAUCUUUAGUUAAACAAUUACAACUUACCUCACAUCCUGAAUUCGCUCCUGUUGAUAUUGUCGCUGACUUUAAUUCAUUAGUUGAUCUUUGGUUUGAAGGUGAUCCUCCAAUCACCAGUAAACAAAUUGGAUUCUUGGAAUUAAUUUUACAUGAAUUGAUGCAUGGACUUGGAUUUGUUUCGGCAUGGGGAGAUUAUUUCCCCAAAGCUGCUACCCCUGAAGUAAAUGACUUUAUUGAAGCGGAAAAUUCUGAUUCAAAGGUCAUGACUGUUUUUAAUGGAUUUCAAGAAAGAGCUUUUGACAAAUACCUAGUCAUACUUCCUGAUAAUAAAACGACUUCAUCUUACAUAAACGAAUUAAAUAAAUUUACUGAUGGUUCCAGUAUUUCUCAUGUUGAUAAUACGAUAUAUACUAAUACAAGCGAUUUCUUGAUGACGUAUCGUCAAGAACAUGGUCGAACUCUCAAUGAUAACAUUGGAAUAGGUGGAAAUUAUGACGGAGGUGCUAUAAGUUAUAAACUUCGACUAAUUUUAGAAAGCUUAGG